AUUUUCCAAAAGGGGAGGGAGGAUGUUGGAACAGCGGCAACAAACGAGGUGCUCAGGUCACAGGUUGUUCAUAACACAUCCCGAAGAUCCCACUAAAAAUGUCAGCCCCCUUGUAACAGCACAGAUGCCACCGUGGACACCUUGGAGUAGUUCGCUCAUUCUUUUUGUGACUUUGGCAUCGGCGUUAGGGCACCCAGAGCAGUUUGAAGAUUAUUUACUAUGUCGUCACUGUGGCCAUGAGGUUGCCAAGGCGUCACAUUUGUUACACGUACCUAGUCCACUGGCCUUGAGACAGAGAAACGACACAAUACUGGGCGUGAAGGAAGUCCUCAUACAACUCUUUCAAAAUCCACAAGGAAGUCAGUUUGAAAUAAUUGCAGCUCAAAAGGCAGAUGUUUAUAAGUUAAAUAAGGCAUUUAUUGAACAUUCCUGGUUCCCUGGGCUGACCUGGAGGGUCACUGUCUGUCCUCGCUGUGGUCAUCAUUUAGGAUGGUUCUUUGAGCCCCAUACCCAUGAUUUACCAGAGACCUACCCUGAAGCCAUCAAAGACGGGUUUGCUGGUCUCAUUCUGGAGAAUUUACUGCAUCAGGACUUUGCUGAUUCACUUCUUAUAACUCCGAAGUCUUAUCUUAGCUGACAUCAGCUCAUACAGUGACAAACUGAGAUAUGUGCAGAUUGUGCUCUUCCUUUCUCACCUAACACAAUUUAAUUUUAUAACCAGAUAUAAAAAUUAAUUUGUUAUUUACCACUGCUACAUGUAUGUGGAGAAAGACGUUAAGAACAUUAAAAAAAUGAAAUUAAGUCAUUGUUGCAUGAUUGCAGAUGAAGGUGUAAAAUGACUACAUCCAAUAUAACUUGUCUUGAGUAGUGGCAUUACGUCAGGAGUCAUUUUAACUGAAAGUUUGUUUAAUUAAUGUUAGAAUACCUUCAUGUAACAUUGCAGCACUUGCUCAUUUUCAAGAUUAUAUCUAAAAAGUUUACAGAAAUGCAUGAAAAGAAGAUUCAAUUAAUGUUUUUUUCUUGUGACAGUGCAUUUAUUUUAUGCAAUAAAAUCUUCAGAAUUCUA